AUGGCAAGAAAGGACGUUAAGAAGACAACGAAGCAGGCGGCCGUGCCGGAGAAGGCGUCAGCGGUGGCAGCUGCGGUGACGGGCCAGACGCUGACGCUGGUCGAGGAACUGAAGAAGUCGGUGAGCUCGGCAUACACACAGUACCUCAAGGACCUUGAGCAAGACCAGAAGCUGCGGUUGGUGGACACGUUCCUUGCGUUCUUGGUGGUGGUGGGCGUGUUCCAGUUUUCGUUCUGUCUGCUUGGCGGGUCGUACCCGUUCAACGCCUUUCUCUCUGGGUUCAGUGCCACGGUGGGCCAGUUUGUGCUCACGGUGGCGUUGCGGUUGCAGAGCACGCCGGAGAACACAGGUUUGUUCAGCGGGUUGCUGCCCGAGCGGGCGUUUGGCGAGUACGUGCUGGCCAGCUUGGUGCUCCACUUUGUGCUCAUACACUUCAUCAACUGA